GAUCUAUUCCCAAACACUAUCCCCCCCUCUCCCUAUCUCUGCAAAUCUGCCAAUCUCAAGAUGCUGAGAAAUUCAGUGAGUUUCUCUUCAAAAGUCCUCACCUCCUCAACCCCUAACUCCAAAUCAACCUUUCUCUUCUCAGGCAUUUCCACCACCUACUAUGGCAUCGAGAGAUCACUCUCACUCUCAAUUCUAUUCAACUACCGCCACCUCACCUUCUUCCUCUCCUGAUUCUCUCAAACUAGGGUUUCCCAAACUCGAUCCUGUUCGAUCCUCCGGCUUCGCCUCUUCCGCCGCCGCAAUCGAUGCGUCUCCGUUGGCUGCUGAGUCGGUGACGAGGGCUAGGGAUGUGGUGGACUUGGCUCGCCAUUACGGACGGUGUUAUUGGGAGCUCUCCAAGGCUCGCCUCAGCAUGCUAGUUGUUGCUACUUCUGGGGCUGGAUACGUUCUUGGGAGUGGCAAUGCCAUUGAUUAUGUGGGGCUCUGUUGCGCCUGUCCUGGUACCAUGCUGGUUGCAGCAUCUGCUAACUCCUUAAAAAUCAGGUUUUUAAAUGAUCUACUUGGGAAUUUUGGAUAAAGAUUUUCCCCCCGAAAUCCCUCCCCCCCGAACAACCCGAAAGAGAGAGAGAGAAAGAGAAGAGGGAAUGGAGAGGAGAGAGAGGGCCCCUCCUUCGCCUCUGCCGCCGCCGAUCGAUGGCAGAUCGACCGGCCGAUCGUCGCCGCCGCAGCUCGUCGCAACCCCGCCUCCACCUCCAGCCUG